UCAGCCUAGCCGGGGAGGCUCGUGCUGCCUGAAGUCAACUAUUGCCCUGGGAGGGGUAUUUCUCCCGCACGGCGUCCGGGAGGUACCCUCUCGUGAGACGGCAGCGUUAACCACCAGCGGUGUUUCCGGUGCACCUGCCCACGCUGGAGGUCCCCCUGCAGGAGCGGGCAGUCCUGCGGUGCAAGAGCAUAAAAGACUAAAGAAUGACAAGUCCAUUCUACAACAACAAAACCUUCAGUAAUGCAAUGUCUUUGCUGGCUUUGAUUAGGAAGGACUGUGCAACUGUCUUCUUUACCACUGAAUAAGCAGCAUUAAUUGGAAUAUCUGGUCUUUAAGCCACAAAAUUUGAAUGUUGAACACUGGCCAAAUAUAAACAGUGUGAUGUUGAAAUGAGAUGAGGCUCCGAAAUGGAACUGUAGCCACUGCAUUAAUUUUCAUCACAUCUUUUCUCAGUUUAUCGUGGUAUACAGCAUGGCAGAAUGGAAAAGAAAAGCUGAUUGCUUAUCAAAGAGAAUUUCAUGCUUUGAAGGAACGCCUUCGCAUAGCUGAACACAGAACCCUGCAACGUUCUUCUGAAUUAAAUACCAUCUUGGAGCAAUUCAGACGGGCAGUGGCAGAAACAAAUGGAAGUAAGGAUGCAUUGAGCAGUGUUUCAGAUGAAACAUUAAAGUUGUUAAAUGAGCUGACAAGCAGAAGAUCUCUUCAAGUGCCAAAUAUAUAUUACCACUUGCCUCAUUUGUUGAAAAAUGAAGGAAGCCUUCGACCCUCUGUACAUGUUGGCCUUGGACGAACAGGAGUUUCUAUAGUAAUGGGGAUUCCAACUGUCAAGAGAAAAGUAAAAUCUUACCUUACUGAAACUCUUCACUCGCUGAUUGAUAAGCUGUCGCCAGAGGAGAAAUUGGAUUGUGUUAUGAUCGUUUUCAUAGGAGAGACAGAUCUUGAUUAUAUAAAUGGUGUUGUAGCAAACCUCGAAAAAGAGUUUUCUACAGAAAUUCGUUCUGGUUUAGUGGAAAUAAUAGCUCCCCCUGCAUUCUACUAUCCUGACAUGAAAAACCUGAAAGAGACAUUUGGAGAUUCAAAAGAAAGAGUCAGAUGGCGAACAAAGCAAAAUCUGGAUUACUGUUUUCUUAUGAUGUAUGCACAGAAAAAGGGUGUUUACUACAUUCAGCUUGAGGAUGACAUCGUUGUCAAGCAGAAUUAUUUCAGCACAAUAAAAAAUUUUGCCCUUCAGUUGUCAUCAGAAGAUUGGAUGAUUCUAGAAUUCUCUCAGCUGGGAUUCAUUGGUAAAAUGUUCCAGUCUCCAGAUAUUACACUCAUUGUUGAGUUCAUAUUUAUGUUUUAUAAAGAGAAACCAAUUGACUGGCUCUUGGAUCACAUUCUUUGGGUGAAAGUGUGCAAUCCUGAGAAAGAUGCAAAACAUUGUGAUCGCCAGAAAUCAAAUCUCAGAAUACGCUUCAGGCCUUCACUUUUUCAGCAUGUGGGUCUCCACUCUUCCCUAGAAGGAAAGAUUCAAAAACUCACAGAUAAAGACUUCUUGAAACCAUUAUUGCAUAAAAUUCAUGUGAAUCCACCAGCAGAGGUUUCUACAACAUUAAAGGUCUAUCAAGGGCAUGCUCUUGAAAAAGCCUACAUGGGUGAAGACUUUUUUUGGGCUGUCACACCAACUGCUGGAGAUUAUAUCUUGUUUAAAUUUGACAAGCCAGUUAAUGUAGAAAGAUACCUGUUCCAUAGUGGCAAUCCAGAACAUCCGGGGGAUAUAUUGGUCAAUACAACUGUGGAAGUAUUACCUCUUAAGAAUGAAGAGCUGGUAUUAAGCAAAGAAACCAAAGAGAAACGGUUAGAAGAUGGGUAUUUCAGAAUAGGCAAAUUUGAAAAUGGCAUAGCAGAAGGAAUAGUCGAUCCCAGUCUAAAUCCAAUUACAGCUGUCCGACUGUUGGUCAUACAAAAGUCAUCUGUCUGGGCAAUUAUAAAUGAGAUGCAUAUUAAAAAACUCCCCAACUGAUCAGUAUAGAAGAAGGAAGAAGAAAAAGGAUAUAUUUGGAACAUUUUUGCAAAAUCGACCAAACUGCAGAAGGAAGACAUUGAGUAUGCACCUUAUUUCAACUCAAUUUCUCACUGAAACACUACCUCCUGUGAAAUCUACUGUAGUUCAGAAGAUUGACUCAGCAAGAAGGAUUUGUUACAAUAUAGAAACUCUACUCACCUGGCAUUAUUUAUCUAGAUCCAUAAUUUGAACAUGACUUUGGCUGACAAGGGAGCACAGAAAUCCUCCUCAGCCUGUCCAGCGGUGAUGGGUUACAUACAUAAAAGGUGUACAUAUUGUUACAUUCCUUGGAAAUGAAAAAAAAGGUGUUAAAUACAUUUUAUGAAGAGGGUACUUUUUGAAAGUCCAUUUAUUUUGUUAAUGAAAACCCUCUUUUAUAGAUUAUCAGGGAUAUAUAUUCAAAAAUUUUAGGGUAUUUAAUUUAUUAAAUAAUUUGAAAAGUACAUAUUUUUAUGCCAAUAAUAACUUGAUUAAUUUUUUUAAAUGAAUUACCUUACUCCUUGAGUUAACUCUACAUUUUCCUUGGUUAAUGAUCGUGUUUUGUAAUGUAUUGCCAUGGUUAGAAGAGUUAAACUGAAUUUGCCAAUGAAGCACUUUUGUACCAUACCAGAUUCUCCUGCACAAAUCCCACUGAAAUAAGAAGGGUUUCCACAGAAGAACAUCCUCAUGAGAGGUUCGCAGAAUCAAGGAUAUGGUGUUCAAAGAUACAAACAUGGCAUGCAAAGACUUUGAAGAACAUUCCCUAUGGUUUUCGCAACCCUGGAAUUAAGGAAUUUUAUAUUUCAAUAGAGUGUGUGAAGUCUGCAGCAAUUUAAAGUUUGAAUCAUUCCCCAUUAAAGGGGCACUUUGAUAACAGGUUGUUCUUUUUUAAUCUUUGUAAAGUCUUCUUCAAUGCAAUCAACCAAGUUGCUCCUUUGGAUAGCAAUGCAUUCUGAAAUCAACCUUUUUUUUGGUUUUGCAUCCCCUUUUGAAUGAACUCUGCUCAGUGCUUUUGAAUGAUUUAAUUUAGCAUUAUGUUAAGGAUAAUGGAAAUAGAUACACAAUAACCUCAGCUGAGCUUUUUAAAUUGUAACUUCGUCCUUAAAUGUUGAAGUGGUUUCUGUUUUCUGAAGAUCCAGCUUCUGCUUAAAAGCAUUGCACUCCAGCUGACUGGAGCAAGGCUUCUGUGAUCUAAAUGCUGCUCGUUUUUUUGUACUUCAAGGAAAAGAGAGAUGUUUGCUUGGUCACCAGCCUUGAAGAGAGGCAAUUCAAGCACUCUGUGCUCUUUGGCACGGAAAACAUGCAAUAGUAAAGGAAUAAUAGUAACAAAACUAUUUUUUCUUAUGUAACUCCAGCCAAGGUAUGAAAAGCAAGGCUUUUUUUUUUUUGAGUUCUGUGACUCACACAGGUAAACUGAAUCUUCUUCAGCAGUGGUAGCUUGUGUCAUGAGUUAAUCCUUAGAUACUUCUGUGUCUUGGAUGUAAGUUUUUGCCAAAAAUCACUGUCUCUCUUGCCUCCUCUCAAAGAUAGAAAUGAUUUGUAACGUGUUGAUGGGAUUGGAUAUCUGUUUUCUGUUUGAGUCCAUGGGGAGCCUGACAGCUUCUAAAGAAAAAGGAUCAGAAUAUGAUAAAAUACUUGAAUUGUUUCAAAUUGUUUAAGACUUGAGAUUGCUCUGAUUUUAAUUAGAUGGGAUCCUAUAUUUAUGAGGUAGUUUUGCUGAACUUCUUUGUUGGUUGGGAACAUAUACAUUCAGAAGUACUUAUAUGAUAUACUGGCUGAGUUCUGAAUUUGAAUAUUACCACUUCCACAAAAUUAGUGGGUGGCCUGUCCUGAUUCCAAAAUGGAAGGAGUAAUAAUGAUGGCCAAUUUUACAGACAUAUAAUAAGGUAAUGCAGACCUCUGAUACCCAAAUUGUUUUAUAAAUCUUAGGUGUUAAAAUUAUAGUUAGAAAACCUGUAAGCUGCCUGUGAUACCAAACACUAAUUGAAAUGAAUGUGUAUUUAAUAUUGACAUGCCAGGAUGGAGUGGGUGGGUGGGUGUAGGAUAUUUAUGAUCAACUUGAUGAUGAUGAUAAUCAAGAAUAACAGUUUCCUACACAAAGUUAAGGUUGGGUAGGAAAAACACAGAUAACUGAUGAGAAAGCUGGUCAAACUAUGUACAUUUGCUUUAUAUGAAAAGUGAUUAAGUACUAAAGAAUAAUAUGUAUGAACAUAUGCAUUUCCUUAUUUUUAUUUUGCUAUGAACAAGUUGUAAAGCUAUAUAGUCACCUGUCCUAGCUCUCAAGCUAACAUAGCAGAUCAGUGAUUUAUGAGACUCUGCCUCAUAAAUGUGAGAUUUCCUGUCUCCAGCAGCUUAUUCCAGUGUAGUUUGUGCAGGUUUAUCAACAUUUUGUAUUUUAAUUUAAAGGUUAGUCUGAAUCUUUGAUCUAAAUGUAAUUUGCUGUUCUCUUCCAGAGACCGGUAGAUCACUUCCUUCUAUUGAAUGUAUGCUCUUUGUUGAAAUGUCCCCUCUCCAAAAUCAGUAGCUAAUUGAUUUAACAGUUAUCCAGAAAUCAAAAGUGAUCUCCUCCAGUGCAACUUUAGGCAUGCUUAGUCAGAUGGAAUAUCUACUGUGUUCAGUAGGGUGUAUUCUAGUAUGCAGGAUUGCAGUUCUGAUGUGUUAAUCACUAGCUUUAGUUCUUGAAACCUCUACAGAUAGACAGAUCUGUACAGAUGUCUUAGGUAUAAACCAUUCCAUGUAAUAAAGAACUACACAGAUAAGGAGGUGCGCUAGCAAAGUUUUCUUGUAUUGCCAAUUGGAAAUGAGAAAAAUGUAUCUCAAAGUAGUAAAUAGCAAUUCUUUAUAUUGCCAGUUUUAAAGAUCAGACAUGUUUAGGGUAGGCUUAAAUCGGGUAAUAAUACCCAUCCCCUAAAGCGAUUGGCCAUUCGUAUAAGGACAUCUGAAUGGACCAAUAAACUUCUACAUUGGUUAAUGUCCAAUGAAGAAAAGAGCUUGUGUACAGUUAUCUACUGCUUCAGCUAUAGUAAUAGAAUUGUCUUAAUCUGAUGCUAAGUUAGAGAUUAUUAAAAAUGAUUUCAAAUGCUUUCUUUUAUUCUUUAGUGGAAGAUUUAGAUUAUUCUUUUGUAAGGAUAACAGUGAGAGAGCCAGUUUGAUGUCAUGGUUAAGGCAUCAGGCUAGAAACUGGGAGACUGUGAGUUCUAGUCCUGCCUUAG